UCCAUGCAUUCAUCCUCUCUUCUUCCCUAAACCACCCUCCUUGUAAUCCCACCACCGCGCCACGCCACCGCCUCCGAUCACGCAUCAACCGACGCGUUACUAUCGCCUAUCACAACGUUAUAUGAGAUCAAAACCACGCGACCACCACCAUGUCGAAACUGAUGGCGGUUGACCAACGCAACCAGCUCCGGGACAUAUUUAACCGGUUUGACAUGGACUCGGACGGAUCCCUAACGCACCUCGAGCUAGCCGCCCUUUUACGGUCUCUAGGCCUCGAACCCUCGGGUGAUCAAAUCUAUAUGCUUUUUAACAAAAUGGACUCUAAUGGGAAUGGGGCCGUUGAGUUUGAAGAAUUGGUGAAUGCUAUGUCACCAAACAUGAUGACAGAACAAAAUAUCAUUAAUCAAAAACUUCUUUUGAAGGUCUUUCAUUUGUUUGAUCAAGACGGAAACGGGUUCAUCACGCCCUCUGAGCUCGCGCUAGCCAUGGCUAAGAUGGGCCAGCCAUUGACGGAUCGCGAGCUCACCGAGAUGAUUGAAGAAGCGGAUACGGAUGGCGAUGGUGUCAUUAGUUUUAGCGAAUUUGCAAGAGUAAUGGCGAAAUCCGCAGCAGAAUCGUUUGGUUCUCCUGUUCCUUCGCCUUGA